GAGUUGUAGUUUGUAAUCUUCAUUAUACCGGAUGUUGCGUCACAUCACGAUGAGGUCAUGGCGGCUGUAAGAAAGCAGCAGUUGAACGCGUGUUUGGGUCCGCUCGGUUUCCAGUGUGAUCCGUUCAGGUGAGUGGUUCGAGUCUGGAAUGCACUGCCUAGAACUGUGGUGGAGACAGGUUCAAUCAAGGCAUUCAAGAGGGCAUUGGAUGAUUAUUUGAAAAGGAACAAUGUGCAAGGGCACGGGUAAAGUAGGAGAAUGGCGAUUGAUUGGUAUAAUGCUGUCAUACAACCCUCCUUUCACCUACAGUACCCAGAUGACACAUUGGCCUUUGUUGUCCUCAGCACACCGCAGAUGUUUGAGAAAGCCUUCAAACCUUUCAUUGCGGACAAGCAAUUACCCACUGUUCGGGACCCUAUUGAUGAGUGUAUUGUUUAUUAUUUUUCACUUGUCAAAAAAAACCUCUCUGAUCAGAGGAUUGAAGCUAUACAUGACUUUGAGAUGCUUCCUAAUCGAAAGCCAAAGGUUUUGGUACAGACAGCUGCACAUGUGGCUGGAGCAGCCUAUUACUAUCAAAUGAAGGAUGUGCAGCAAAACCCCUGGGGAGAAAAAAAAAUGUACGGAGUGUGCAUUCAUCCACGCUAUGGAGGCUGGUUCGCAAUACGAGGAGUCCUGAUAUUCCCAGAUGUCCAGGUCCCAUCCCUUGAGCAAAAACUGCCUGUGGACUGUGUUUCAACAGAUGAAAAAAAGAUCCAACUACUUGAAAGGUUUAACUUUCACUGGCAAGACUGGACCUACAGAGAUAUCAUUGAUGUAGAAGAGAGGUACUCUGAAGAACAAAAACAAUACUUUGCUACACCUCCUUAUGAAAGAUUUAAACUACUCGGAUUGAAAAGUGCUAUUUCAUGAGAAAGUCAGCAAAGCACAACACAUGGAGCUUUUUAAUCACUUCACUGAUGGGAAGCCUAGAUUAGAUCAUUUGGUGAGGGGAUGGUGGAGAGGAAAGCAAUAUAGAGACUGCUUACUAUUUAGCUGCUGAAUAAAUAAAUUAUGGGAAUAAAGAGGCUGUUCUAUUUUUGUGUGGGAUAAAUUAUGUAUUCAACUAACUUAUGUUAGUCAUCAUGUAUGGUUUUAUAAUAAUUUAUAAAAAGGACUCUGGUUGGCUUUAUUUUUAUGUGGUUAUAUUUUUAGUUUUCUAUAAAGAUAUAUAGUGCUUUAUGAAUUGGGAAAACAAUUAUACGUAGUUUAAUAAUGCUUAAUCCAGUAACACAAAAAUAAUGUGAUAUUUUGAGAUUUUCAGUGAGCUUGUUAACUAAGAGAUAACAUUCUUCAGUUUAUAUUCUGGGUUUGCAGUACAAGGUUGUUUAUUCAAAACAUAAUGUGGAAGCCAAUACAUGAAAAUAAGUACAGAAUACGGAAUAAGUCACAACAUGGAAACAUGCCACUUGGCCCAAUUAGUCCAUGUCAGCUUUUAUCUUUCACCUUAAAAAUGGUUCUAAUCAUGUUUAUCCACCCUGUUCUCAGAUUCUUUCAACCCUUUUUCCUCAUCUAUUUGUCCAUUCUGAUCUUGAAUGUUGACAUAGAUUCUGCUGACCCUGGAAGUUGAGCAGUACUACUCAGAUAUAUGCAUGAGUCUCUGUAUAAUACAAAUACUUUGGUUGACAUAAGUUACUUUUUCACAAUGAAAAAUCGAAAAUAAAUGUUUACUUCUAGAAGUCA